AUGCUCAGGCUGGGCUUACGACACUCUCUACUCCAAUUUCUAAACUUUGCAUCCAUCAUCGCAUCUGCCCUCAUCCUAUGGAAAGGCCUUGGCCUCAUCUUGAACACGGAAUCUCCAAUUGUCGUCGUCCUCAGUGGCUCCAUGGAACCAGCAUUUUAUCGUGGCGACAUCCUUUUCCUCACUAACCCCCCACGCGAACCUUACCACACAGGUGAUAUCACAGUGUAUAACAUCCCCGGCGCUGAAAUCCCCAUCGUGCAUCGCGUCAUGGAGACACGGGACGUCUUUAUCCCAUUCCAUAAUUCUACGCAAAACCCCAUCAUUAAACUCGCAAAGCUCAAUCUCCCACCAGGGGAACAUCAGCUAAUGCUCACGAAAGGCGAUAAUAAUCAUGUCGAUGACAUUGACCUCUACCAGGGCCUUGAAUGGCUUGACCAAAGGCAUAUCGUUGGCAAAGUUCGCGGGUUCCUUCCGUACGUCGGUUACCUGGCGAUUGCCUUGAAUGAUUUCCCGCAACUUAAAUGCGCGAUCCUCGGAGGUCUUGGGCUUUUAGCUUUCAUACAACGGGACUAG